GUAGUACGUAGGGGCUGGCUAGCCGCCAUCUUGCUUCUUUUUCUCGCUCGCUCGCUCGCUCCCUCUCGGGAAGCUGCGAAAGUGCUUUGGCGGUUUGUCCAUCCGCAGCUUCGGCUUUUCCAGUCCGGUGGCCCUUCCGGCCACCCCGUUAACCCCAGCUUUCCCUCCGCCUUCUUUCGAUCAGAGAUCGGCGGAGACCCUCGAAGUGCGCAAACUUGACACUCACCCUGACCGGACUGGGGUUUUAAGGGGUGUGGCAGGAGGUUUUGGACUCGAUGAGUUUCCACCGAAAUGUCGGAGAAGUCAGGCCAGAGCACAAAAGCAAAGGAUGGGAAAAAGUAUGCAACACUCAGUUUAUUUAAUACUUACAAGGGGAAAUCAUUAGAAACACAGAAAACCACAGUUGCAGCUCGACAUGGAUUACAGAGUCUUGGAAAAGUCGGUAUUUCACGGCGUAUGCCUCCACCUGCUAACCUCCCGAGUCUUAAAGCAGAAAACAAAGGCAAUGAUCCUAAUGUAAACAUUGUACCUAAAGAUGGCACAGGGUGGGCAUCAAAACAAGAACAACAUGAAGAAGAAAAAACACCAGAAGUGCCACCAGCACAGCCAAAACCUGGGGUUGCAGCUCCCCCAGAAGUAGCACCUGCUCCCAAAUCAUGGGCCAGUAACAAGCAAGGUGGGCAAGGAGAUGGAAUCCAAGUGAAUAGUCAGUUUCAACAAGAAUUUCCCAGCCUGCAGGCAGCUGGGGAUCAGGAAAAAAAAGAAAAGGAAACAAGUGAUGACAACUAUGGACCUGGACCCAGUUUACGUCCACCAAAUGUUGCUUGUUGGAGAGAUGGUGGUAAGGCUGCUGGCUCACCUUCUUCAUCUGAUCAAGAUGAAAAGCUCCCUGGCCAGGAUGAAAGCACAGCUGGAACAUCAGAGCAAAAUGAUAUCCUCAAAGUGGUGGAAAAGAGGAUAGCUUGUGGUCCUCCACAGGCUAAACUGAAUGGACAGCAGGCUGCUCUCGCUUCCCAGUAUAGAGCUAUGAUGCCUCCUUAUAUGUUCCAACAGUAUCCGAGGAUGACAUAUCCUCCUCUACAUGGUCCCAUGAGAUUCCCACCUUCUUUAUCUGAAACAAACAAAGGCCUUCGAGGAAGAGGCCCACCUCCUUCAUGGGCCUUUGAGCCUGAACGCCCAUCCAUUCUUAGUGCAUCAGAACUGAAGGAGCUUGAUAAAUUUGAUAACCUAGAUGCUGAAGCUGAUGAAGGUUGGGCAGGUGCUCAGAUGGAAGUAGAUUAUACAGAGCAACUGAAUUUCAGUGAUGAUGAUGAACAAGGAAGUAACAGUCCUAAAGAGAAUAACAGUGAGGAUCAAGGUUCAAAAGCCUCUGAAAACAAUGAAAACAAAAAAGAAACAGAUGAAGUUUCCAACGCUAAAUCUUCUCAAAUACCUGCCCAACUGUCAGUAGCAAAAGUUCCCUGUGGGAAAGGACCUUCAUUUAAUCAGGAACGUGGAACAUCUUCACAUCUGCCACCACCUCCAAAGUUGCUUGCACAGCAGCAUCCACCUCCAGAUCGACAGGCAGUACCGGGAAGACCAGGCCCGUUCCCCUCCAAGCAGCAAGUAGCUGAUGAAGAUGAAAUAUGGAAGCAAAGACGAAGACAGCAAUCAGAAAUUUCUGCAGCAGUAGAACGUGCUCGUAAACGGCGUGAAGAGGAAGAGCGAAGAAUGGAAGAACAAAGGAAGGCAGCUUGUGCAGAGAAACUGAAACGAUUGGAUGAGAAACUUGGCAUCCUGGAAAAACAACCAUCUCCAGAGGAAAUUAGGGAAAGGGAACGAGAAAAAGAACGGGAGCGUGAGAAAGAACUUGAAAAAGAACAAGAACAGGAGCGAGAGAAGGAGAGGGAAAAAGAGAGGGAGAGACAGCAGGAAAAGGAGAAAGAGCUGGAGAAGGAGCAGGAAAAACAAAGAGAAAUGGAGAAAGAAAGAAAGCAAGAAAAAGAAAAAGAACUAGAACGGCAGAAAGAAAAGGAAAAAGAACUACAAAAGAUGAAAGAACAAGAAAAGGAAUGUGAGCUGGAGAAGGAAAGGGAGAAAUUAGAGGAGAAAAUUGAACCCAGAGAACCUAAUUUAGAGCCCAUGGUAGAAAAACAAGAAAGUGAAAACAACUGUAAUAAAGAGGAGGAACCCGUUUUCACUAGACAAGACAGCAGUCGCAGUGAAAAGGAAGCCACACCAGUGGUGCAUGAAACAGAACCAGAAUCAGGGUCUCAACCUCGGCCGGCUGUAUUAUCUGGCUAUUUCAAACAGUUUCAGAAGUCUUUACCUCCACGAUUCCAGCGGCAGCAGGAACAGAUGAAACAGCAGCAGUGGCAGCAGCAGCAACAGCAAGGUGUACUUCCACAGACUGUUCCUUCACAACCGUCCAGUAGUACUGUCCCUCCUCCACCACACAGACCUCUUUAUCAGCCUAUGCAGCCUCAUCCUCAGCAUUUGGCUUCUAUGGGUUUUGAUCCAAGGUGGCUCAUGAUGCAGUCCUACAUGGAUCCUCGAAUGAUGUCAGGAAGACCUGCUAUGGAUAUUCCACCCAUUCAUCCUGGAAUGAUUCCUCCUAAACCAUUAAUGAGAAGAGACCAGAUGGAAGGGUCACCGAACAGUUCUGAGUCAUUUGAGCAUAUAGCUCGAUCUGCAAGAGAUCACGCAAUUUCCCUUUCUGAGCCUCGUAUGCUGUGGGGGUCAGAUCCCUAUCCUCAUGCUGAGCCUCAACAAGCAACUACUCCCAAAGCAACAGAAGAGCCUGAGGAUGUGAGGUCUGAAGCUGCGUUGGACCAGGAACAGAUUACUGCUGCUUAUUCUGUAGAACAUAAUCAAUUAGAGGCUCAUCCAAAGGCAGACUUUGUCAGAGAAGCAAGUGAGGCAGAAGUACAGAAGUUUCUAAGCAGAUCUGUGGAAGAUGUUAGACCUCACCAUACUGAUGCAAAUAAUCAAUCUGCUUGUUUUGAAGCACCUGAUCAAAAGACCUUAUCUGCUCCUCAAGAGGAGCGGAUUUCAGCUGUAGAAAGUCAGCCUUCCCGGAAAAGAAGUGUUUCCCAUGGAUCUAACCAUAUGCAAAAACCAGACGAGCAGAGAAGUGAACCAUCUGCAGGCAUUCCUAAAGUAACCAGCAGAUGCAUUGAUUCAAAAGAACCAACAGAAAGGUCAGAGGAGAAACCAAAAAAGGAAGGCUUUAUACGAUCUUCUGAAGGACCAAAACCUGAAAAAGUAUAUAAAUCUAAAUCAGAAACUCGUUGGGGCCCACGACCAAGCUCCAACAGAAGGGAAGAAGGGAAUGAUAGACCUGUGAGAAGAUCAGGUCCCAUUAAAAAACCCGUACUUAGAGAUAUGAAAGAGGAACGGGAACAGAGGAAGGAGAAAGAAGGAGAAAAGACCGAAAAGGUCACUGAAAAAGUAGUUGUAAAGCCUGAAAAGACGGAAAAGAAGGAUCUUCCUCCUCCCCCACCACCACCUCAGCCACCAGCACCAAUUCAGCCACAGUCAGUUCCACCACCAAUUCAACCAGAAGCAGAGAAAUUUCCUUCAACAGAAACUGCAACUUUGGCUCAAAAACCAUCUCAGGAUACUGAGAAGUCUCCGGAACCUGUGAGUACUGUUCAGGUAGAGCCUACAGUUAAGACUGUAAACCAACAGACUAUGGCAGCACCAAUAGUCAAAGAAGAAAAACAACCUGAGAAAGUCAUCAGCAAAGACCUUGUUAUAGAGAGGCCUCGACCAGAUUCAAGACCAGCAGUUAAAAAAGAAUCAACUUUGCCUCCCAGGACCUACUGGAAGGAAGCUAGAGAUAGAGAUUGGUUUCCAGAUCAGGGAUACAGAGGUCGAGGCCGAGGUGAAUAUUACUCCAGAGGACGAAGCUAUAGAGGUUCUUAUGGAGGGCGUGGCAGGGGUGGUAGGGGACACACUCGAGAUUAUCCUCAGUAUAGAGACAAUAAGCCAAGAGCAGAGCAUAUACCCUCAGGGCCUCUCAGACAGCGAGAAGAAAGUGAAACACGGAGUGAGAGCUCUGAUUUUGAAGUUGUCCCCAAAAGAAGACGACAGCGGGGUUCAGAGACUGACACAGACAGUGAAAUUCAUGAAAGUGCAAGUGACAAGGACAGUUUAAGUAAAGGCAAACUUCCCAAAAGAGAGGAACGGCCUGAAAACAAAAAACCUGUAAAGCCUCAAUCUUCUUUCAAGCCUGAUAAUCACGUUCGAAUAGAUAAUAGACUGCUAGAAAAGCCUUACGUAAGGGAUGACGAUAAAGCUAAACCAGGUUUUCUUCCUAAAGGAGAGCCUACAAGGAGAGGCAGAGGGGGAACAUUCAGGCGUGGUGGAAGGGAUCCUGGAGGCCGUCCAUCACGCCCUUCCACUUUACGAAGACCAGCUUAUCGGGACAAUCAGUGGAACCCAAGGCAGUCAGAAGUUCCUAAACCAGAAGAUGGAGAGCCGCCAAGAAGACAUGAGCAGUUUAUUCCUAUAGCAGCAGAUAAACGACCUCCAAAAUUUGAGCGAAAAUUUGACCCAGCUAGAGAAAGGCCUCGAAGGCAGCGUCCUACCCGACCACCAAGGCAAGACAAGCCACCUCGAUUUAGACGGCUGAGAGAGAGGGAGGCUGCUUCAAAAUCAAAUGAGGUGGUAGCAGUGCCCACAAAUGGCACAGUUAAUAGUGUGGCUCAAGAACCAGUUAAUACUCUUGGGGAUAUUUCGGGGAAUAAGACACCAGAUUUAUCUAAUCAGAACUCUUCAGAUCAGGCAAAUGAAGAAUGGGAAACAGCUUCUGAAAGCAGUGAUUUCAAUGAGAGGCGAGAGAGGGAUGAAAAAAAAAAUGCUGACUUGAAUGCACAAACAGUUGUAAAGGUUGGAGAGAAUGUUUUACCUCCAAAGAGGGAAAUUGCAAAGAGAAGUUUUUCUAGUCAGAGACCAGUAGAUCGUCAGAAUCGACGUGGCAACAAUGGUCCACCCAAAUCGGGAAGGAAUUUCUCAGGUCCUAGAAAUGAAAGGAGAAGUGGCCCACCAUCAAAAAGUGGGAAGAGAGGGCCAUUUGAUGACCAGCCUGCAGGCACAACUGGGGUUGACCUCGUCAAUGGCAGCUCUGCACACCAUCAGGAAGGAGUACCUAAUGGUACAGGACAAAAGAACUCCAAAGAUUCUACUGGGAAAAAAAGAGAAGACCCCAAACCAGGUCCUAAAAAACCAAAAGAGAAAGUGGAUGCUCUAUCACAGUUUGAUCUCAACAAUUAUGCAAGUGUUGUUAUAAUUGAUGAUCAUCCUGAAGUAACAGUAAUUGAAGAUCCCCAGUCAAAUCUGAAUGAUGAUGGUUUUACUGAAGUGGUAUCCAAAAAACAACAAAAACGUUUACAGGAUGAAGAACGCCGAAAGAAGGAAGAACAAGUCAUACAGGUCUGGAACAAAAAGAAUGCAAACGAAAAAGGAAGAAGCCAGACUUCUAAGCUUCCUCCAAGAUUUGCCAAAAAACAGGCUACAGGGAUCCAGCAAGCACAGUCUUCAGCCUCAGUUCCACCUCUAGCUUCGGCUCCACUUCCACCUUCAACCUCAGCUUCAGUUCCAGCCUCAACCUCAGCUCCACUUCCAGCAACCUUAACUCCAGUUCCAGCCUCAACCUCAGCUCCAGUUCCGGCCUCAACUUUAGCUCCAAUUCUGGCCUCAACCUCAGCUGCAGUUCCAGCCUCACCCUUAGCUCCAGUUUCAACCUCAGCCUCAGUCUCAAGUUCAGUUCCAGCCUCUACUUCAGCUGCAGCUAUAACCUCUUCUUCAGCUCCAGCCUCAGCCCCAGCUCCAACCCCCAUCCUUGCCUCAGUUUCAACCCCAGCUUCUGUCCCCAUUCUUGCCUCAGCCUCAAUUCCCAUUCUUGCUUCAGCCCUAGCACCAACUUCAGCUCCAACGCCAGCCGCAGCAGCCUCUUCCCCAGCUGCCCCAGUCAUCACAGCACCAACUGUCCCAGCCUCAGCCCCAACUGUCUCAGUCCCACUUGUCCCUGCCUCAGCUUCAGCCCCAGCCCCAGCCCCCACCCCAGUCUCAGCCCCAAAUCCUGCCCCGCCUCCCCUAGCCCAGACUCAGGCACAGACCCACAAACCAGUCCAGAAUCCACUACAGACUACAUCUCAGUCUUCAAAACAGCCACCACCAUCAAUUAGGCUGCCUUCAGCUCAAACACCUAAUGGCACAGAUUAUGUAGCCUCAGGAAAAUCCAUCCAGACCCCACAGUCACAUGGCACUCUGACAGCUGAAUUAUGGGAUAACAAGGUGGCCCCACCAGGUGUGCUGAAUGAUAUCUCUAAGAAAUUAGGUCCCAUUAGUCCACCACAGCCACCCUCAGUUAGUGCAUGGAAUAAGCCCUUAACAUCGUUUGGAUCAGCUACUUCAUCAGAGGGAGCGAAGAAUGGUCAAGAAAGUGGACUCGAAAUUGGAACUGACACAAUUCAGUUUGGUGCUCCAGCUUCAAAUGGAAAUGAAAAUGAAGUCGUUCCUGUGCUUUCGGAAAAAUCUGCUGACAAAAUACCUGAACCUAAAGAACAGCGGCAGAAGCAGCCACGAGCAGGACCUAUCAAAGCCCAGAAGCUUCCAGAUUUGAGUCCAGUAGAAAACAAAGAACACAAACCAGGUCCCAUUGGAAAGGAACGUUCAUUAAAAAAUAGAAAAGUAAAAGAUGCCCAACAGGUGGAGCCAGAAGGACAAGAGAAACCAAGCCCAGCUACAGUCAGAAGCACAGAUCCUGUCACGACAAAGGAAACUAAAGCAGUCUCAGAAAUGUCUACUGAAAUAGGAACAAUGAUCUCGGUAUCAUCUGCAGAAUAUGGUACUAAUGCAAAGGAGUCUGUAACAGACUAUACUACACCCUCUUCUUCUCUGCCUAACACUGUGGCUACUAAUAAUACAAAGAUGGAGGAUACUUUGGUUAAUAAUGUGCCCCUGCCCAACACCCUUCCCCUCCCUAAGAGGGAGACUAUACAACAGAGCUCCAGCCUAACUUCAGUUCCUCCCACUACUUUCAGCCUCACCUUCAAGAUGGAGUCUGCACGCAAAGCAUGGGAGAAUUCUCCAAAUGUAAGGGAAAAGGGGUCUCCAGUAACUUCCACAGCACCUCCAAUUGCAACUGGAGUCAGCAGUAGUGCCAGUGGACCAAGCACUGCGAAUUACAAUUCAUUCUCAAGUGCAUCCAUGCCCCAGAUUCCUGUUGCUUCAGUCACUCCUACAACAUCACUAUCAGGAGCUGGUACAUACACUACCUCUUCUUUGAGCACAAAAUCUACAACCACAUCGGACCCUCCAAAUAUUUGUAAAGUGAAACCUCAGCAGUUACAGACAAGCAGCCUGCCUUCUGCAAGUCAUUUUUCACAGUUAAGCUGUAUGCCUUCCCUUAUUGCCCAGCAACAACAGAGUCCGCAAGUUUAUGUGUCUCAGUCUGCAGCAGCUCAAAUCCCAGCCUUCUAUAUGGACACAAGUCAUUUAUUCAAUACCCAACAUGCACGAUUGGCUCCACCAUCCUUGGCUCAACAACAGGGUUUCCAACCAGGUCUCUCUCAGCCAACUUCAGUUCAGCAGAUUCCAAUCCCUAUUUAUGCACCACUGCAAGGGCAGCAUCAAGCCCAACUGAGUUUGGGGGCUGGCCCUGCUGUUUCCCAGGCUCAGGAAUUGUUCAGCUCCUCACUUCAGCCAUAUAGAUCUCAGCCAGCUUUUAUGCAGAGCAGUUUAUCCCAGCCAUCUGUGGUCCUUUCUGGUACUGCUAUUCACAACUUUCCAACUGUCCAACACCAAGAACUUGCCAAGGCACAAUCCGGUCUUGCCUUUCAGCAAACAUCAAAUACUCAGCCCAUUCCUAUAUUGUAUGAACAUCAACUGGGGCAGGCAUCAGGACUAGGAGGUUCCCAGCUGAUUGACACGCAUCUUCUCCAGGCUAGAGCAAAUCUUACCCAGGCCUCAAAUCUUUAUUCUGGACAAGUACAACAGCCUGGUCAGACAAAUUUUUAUAACACUGCCCAGUCACCAAGUGCUCUCCAGCAGGUAAACUAUGGCAUGGUUACAGUACCUUUACCAGCAUCCCAGCUUUCCUUGCCUAAUUUUGGAUCUACAGGGCAACCUCUAAUUGCUUUGCCUCAGACUCUUCAGCCCCCAUUACAGCAUACCACUCCCCAAGCACAAGCUCAGAGUCUGAGUCGUCCUGCACAAGUAAGCCAGCCUUUCAGAGGAUUAAUUCCUGCUGGAACACAGCAUAGCAUGAUUGCAACCACAGGAAAAAUGUCUGAAAUGGAACUAAAAGCCUUUGGAAGUGGCAUUGAUAUAAAACCAGGCACACCUCCAAUCGCUGGUAGAAGCACCACACCAACAUCUAGUCCCUUCCGGGCUACUUCUACAAGUCCGAACAGCCAGUCCAGCAAAAUGAACAGCAUUGUCUACCAGAAGCAGUUCCAGUCAGCCCCUGCCACUGUGAGAAUGACACAACCAUUUCCUACACAGUUUGCACCCCAGAUUCUCUCUCAGCCUAACCUGGUCCCUCCAUUGGUAAGAGCCCCACAUACUAACACCUUCCCAGCGCCUGUUCAGAGGCCACCAAUGGCACUGGCCAGUCAGAUGCCUCCUCCGCUGACCACAGGCCUCAUGAGCCAUGCUCGUUUGCCACAUGUAGCCAGGGGUCCUUGUGGAUCACUAUCUGGAGUCAGAGGUAAUCAGGCCCAGGCUGCGUUGAAGGCUGAACAAGACAUGAAGGCAAAGCAGAGAGCAGAGGUUCUUCAGUCCACGCAACGGUUCUUCUCUGAACAGCAACAGAGCAAACAGAUAGGAGGAGGCAAAGCCCAGAAAGUGGACAGUGAUUCAAGUAAAGCUCCUGAAACACUGACCGACCCCCCUGGGGUCCGUCAGGAAAAAGUAGAAGAAAAGCCACCCCCUGCACCCUCCAUAGCAACCAAACCUGUUAGAACUGGACCAAUCAAACCUCAGGCGAUCAAAACCGAAGAAACAAAAUCUUAAAGGCUAUGGUUUAUUGCAGGGGAUUGGGAGGGGGGAGGGAAAACAUGGAGAAUUAAGUCAGAUAAUGCUGGCAGCCAAAGGGGCAAAAUGGUCUGUGACAUUAUCCUGUUCAGAGCUUGGAGAUGUACAAGGGACAUAGGAGCAAUUUACACUGACACACAGCUGCUGUACCAGUAAAAACGAGGCUUUGCAAGCUUGUACCUACUAUAUAACAUGUGCUCGGUUGAUGGCCAUGCAUCUUCAGUCAGAAUUUAUAUAUAAAUAUCUGCACCCAUUUUUUUGAGUGCAUAUAAUUUAGGCCUAAAAAUCCUUAUAAUUAGAUGAAACACCAAAAAUAUAAGGAAAAUAACACAGCAGAGGAAUAGCUCAGCCUGAACAGUGUGAUGGUCCCAGCUACUACAUCGGAUGCGGUUUUUUUGCUCCCUUAUGUUCUUUGGAUAUGGUUAUGGCAUUUGUAGGCUUGGAGGUGAAGAACUGAAGAUAACUGGUGCUGGAUAGAGGAGCCUUAUUUUUUAUUAUGGCAGCUUGCUAUUUUUAUAACAUGGUGAUUGAGUUGAACACAAUCAAAGUACAGUAGUAACUGAUCUCCCCUUCUUCCUGGAUGAAUGAGCAGAUAAAUAUUUAUGUCAGCAUCCUUGAACCAUAUCAAAGUGAGCAGUGUUUGGCUACUGCUUCUGUUUGAAAUGGUGCUGUGUUUUGGUUGUGGUCUGAAGCUUUGAAGCGCUACUUAGCAUCUCCUUUCUUCCAUGGAGCUCUCACCAUUCAAACAUGACAGAUUUGGUAAAAUGCUGGUUAGGUUGAGUCUUCCUUGCCCCCACUCAGUCAUCUUUGUAUGAAUCCCAUGAUUUGGGGUUUUUUUUCUUUUUUUUCUUUUUUUUUUUUUUUUUUAACCAGUUUUUAGCUGGUGUUUAUGAAGAACAGUGAGUACCUAGAACUGUGCCACUAAUUAAAGGAAAUCCUAAGAAGGUGCAUUUCUUUACAGAGCUGUGUCAUGCCAUCCUUUGGGCCCUCUGCUGGAAAAGUAGAAUCAAGUCUCAAAUAAUGCCUUUUUAAUUGUAUCCUCUAGUAUUAUAGAUAUAGGACAGUACUGUAUCAUACCUCUGUGAAUGUAAAAUAUCUUGUACCUGCUUUAUGAUACGUAGUAGUGACCGUGCUUUAUCAGAGCUGUUUUUAAUGAUGUUAUUCUAGAAUGUUUUCUUUCCAGAUGAUGAUUCAGAAGCUAAUUUUAAAAAAUGGUGCCAGGUACCACAACAGUAACGGAACUUUGCAAUUUUCUGGGGUUUUGUUUUUUACCUUUUCCCCCCUUUUUUUUAAAUGGAGUGUGCUGGAUGUCUCUAUAAUUUUAUUCAGAUGACUGCAGAACCUGGAAAAGCUGUUGCUGCUAUUGAUGCAUAACAUACUGCUAUUGGUCUUUUUAUAUAAAUAUAUAUAUAUAUACAUAUAUAUAUAUAAUUUGAAUUUUUGGAAACUUUAGCUGUGCUGUCAACUUUGGAAAAAAUAUCCCAGUUUACUGUGUUGAGUUGGCAUUGUACAGAAAUAAACAGCCAUAUUGGUCUAGAAACGUUAAACUUAAUUUUUUUCCAUUUGUACAGGGGUAACGCACUGUAUUAAAUAUGUAAGGUCUUAUCUACAUGGGUUUGAUUACAGAAACUAAUAAAGUAUUCUCUAAAUAAUGA